AUGCAGCUGCCAGGCCGCGACCGCCGCCGCCCGCCGCUGCCCAUCAUCCUGCUCUCGCACGGCCACGGCCCGAGCAACUACCUGCCGUCGCUCGACGGCUACGCGCCGCUGGCCGAGUUCUACGCCGCGCACGGCUUCGCCGUCCUGCAGCCCACGCACCUCAACUCGCGGGUCCUCGGCCUCGCGCUCGACGCCGGCUCCGUGCGCGAGCUCUUCGUCGACUCGCGCGCCCGCGACAUGACGAUCCUGCUGGACCGCCUGGCCGAGAUCGAGGCCGCCGUGCCCGGGCUUGGCGCCGGGGCGCUGGAUCGGGAGCGCGUGGCUGUUGUUGGGCACUCGGCGGGCGGGGUUACCGCCUGCCUCUUGCUGGGGGCAAAGAACACGGAUCCGCGGGACGGCGCGGUUACCGAGCUGGCGGACGGGAGGAUCAAGGCGGGGGUGGUGUUUGGGGCACCUGGCAGGGGUGGGGACGCGAUGUCGGAGACGGGGAAGCAGAUCUUGCCGUGCUACGACGUGGAUUUUAGCAGCAUGCGCACGCCCGCGCUGGUGGUCUGGGGCGAGCAGGAUGGGAGCCCGUAUCUGACAGUGCGCGGCGCCGAGUGGCAUCUGGAUCCGUAUGCCCUGGCCCCGGGGCCGAAGGACGCCUUGAUGGUGGUGGGCGGGGAGCAUGGGUUUGGGGGGAUCAGCGGGUGGGAUGCGGCCGAGACGAAGGACGAGAGCCCGGAGCGGUUGGCGGCCGUGCAGAGGCUGUCGUGGGCGUACCUGAGGAGUCAGCUGUAUGAGGGUGAUAAAUCGUGGGAAGAGGCCUGUAAGAUUCUAGAGGGGCUGGAGGGCAUUGGCAAGGUGACGAGGAAGGACUGA